CGAGAAGACAAGCAGGAAGCUGAGGAAGCGUGUGUUUGUGUAACAUGUUAGGAAAGGCGACCAGUGCCCUUUAGUGCAAUGACAAAACUGCAUACAUGGCGGGACGAUUGAAGAAACAGUUGAAAGAAGCCGUAAAGGUCAUCAGCUCAGGUAGCCUUCUGUUUGCUUCCUACCUCACUGUGGUUGGAGAUGAGCGUUUCUAUGCCAACCAGCUGAUGCCCCUGCUGCAGAGGAUUGUGGGGCCAGAGACGGCACAUGUGUUGGCAGUGAAGAUGAUCGGUCUGGGUCUGGUGCCUCUGAACCGCUACCAGGACCCUGCAUCGUUGGAAGUGAAUGUGCUCGGAUUAAAGUUCAAGAACCCUGUUGGGAUUGCGGCAGGCUUCGACAAGCACGGCGAGGCAGUGGACGGCUUGUACAAACUGGGCUUCGGCUUUGUUGAAGUUGGGACGAUCACUCCCAAACCCCAAGACGGGAACCCCAAACCUCGCGUGUUUCGACUCUCUGCAGAUCAGGCAAUUAUUAACAGAUAUGGAUUCAACAGCUGUGGUUUGGAAGAAGUGCAGAAUAGGCUGAAGGCCAGAGAAGAAACGCAGCAAGAGCAAAGUAAAGCUGGCCUUCCCCUGGGCAUCAACCUGGGGAAGAACAAGCUGUCCCGGGACGCAGGGGCAGAUUACUUGGAGGGGGUGAGAGUGCUGGGCCCCCUGGCAGACUAUCUGGUGGUCAACGUUAGCAGUCCCAACACUCCGGGUCUCCGGGAUCUACAAGGGAAGGCUGAGCUCCGCCAGCUCCUACAUACAGUGUUGAAGGAGCGUGAUGCCCUGCAGGAAGAACACAAACCUCCAGUGCUGGUGAAGAUUGCUCCAGAUCUCACUGCCCAGGACAAACAAGACAUCGCUGAUGUUGUCACUGAGCUGGGAGUGGAUGGUUUAAUGGUGUCUAACACCACUGUGUCGAGACCAGAGUCGCUUCAGGACCCGCAUAGGUCUGAGGUUGGUGGGCUGAGUGGAGAGCCUCUCAAAGACCUCUCUACCAGCACUGUCCGAGAGAUGUACAACCUCACUCAAGGUAAAGUUCCAAUCAUUGGAAUCGGAGGUGUGGCCAGCGGACAGGAUGCGAUGGAUAAGAUCCGUGCUGGUGCUUCUUUAGUUCAGCUCUACACUGCUCUGACCUAUCAGGGUCCACCUGUAGUGAAGAAGAUAAAGCGAGAAUUGGAACAACUACUAAAGGAACAAGGUUUCAACAAUGUUUCUGAAGCAGUUGGAGCUGAUCACAGGGAAGCAGACGGGUCGACUUCUAAGAAGAGCUCGCUGUAAGAGAUGGUAAAUGUUGACACGGACACUCGAGGCUGAGCUGCGUCUCCAGCUGCCGUCUCCUCCAACAAGGUGACAUGAUCGUCAGCUUUUUCCCAAACUGUGGUCAAUGCAGAGUGUUUGUGAUGGUCCAUCUUGAUUUCCAGGGUGGGAGAUCAAUUAUGGUCUGAACUGCCUUCACAAAAUUUCACCGUAUGUGAAAAUUAGAAGUGAAUAAUGGUAAAUCUUUACAUGCUGCAUCUACAGUAUUAAGAAGCUGAGGUCUGUAACUUGAUUUCAGGUGUUUAUAUUUUUUGUUACAGUGUAACAGCAGUUAGUGUUUCUCAAACUGACCUACUGACUACAAAGUGUUUAAGACUUUAAUCACUUCCUGCCAACUGUUUUCUUGUGCGUGAAGAAAGUAAUCUGCCACAAUGAUAUAUGGUUGAAACACUAAAAUCGUUACCAUCCAUUUUAGGAACUGUCUAAUUGAAUCAAAACUGUCAAAAACUGACAUUGUGUUAGUUAUUUUUGUGCCUCUGAAACAAGUAGUAAUCUCUCAUGAAUGGAUAUCAGAAUGUGGAAAUGCAAUAAGGUCAUAUUUAACAUGGUGCUGUACAGAACAAAACAGCUAAACACAAUAACAGCUCACAUGUUAUUUGGGUUAUUUAUUUUGCACUGCACUGGCACCUCAGAAGCACUCAAUAAAACCUGUUUUUCUGUUGAA